UAGAGCUGGGGAGGGACGUGGAGAAGGAGUGACUGUUGCGCUCGGGUGGAUCUCCGUCUCUGUGGGCUCGGGGUUUGUCUGGGGGGCAGUUUGAAGACACCUGCGCCCUCAGGCUUUCGUACCCGCUCAAACCCCGAGUGGUAAAGUUACAGCCUCGAGUUAGUUUAGCUGGAGUUUAUGUAGGGAGAAUGUCAGGCGUAGGGAGCGCCAAGAAACCGGGCACCAGUCCCAGGGAGCACAGGAGGAAAGUGACUGAGAAGACGACGGAUCCCAUCAAGAGGCUCGGGCUUCUGGACAAUGAGGACAUACGUGUGAUGAUGCAGGGCUCCAGCGUGGUGAAAGUUCGCUCUUCAAGGUGGCAGAAGAAGCGCAACCUGCAGCUGCUGGAGGAUGGACUAACACUGUGGUGUGAGACCACCAAGCGCUCCCGGAAAGCCAAAGCCCAGCAGACGUUUGCAGUGACGGAGGUGGAGUGUGUGUGUGAAGGCUACCAGUCGGAGGCACUGAGGCGGCUGUCUGGAACCGUGCCAGAGAACCAGUGCUUCACGAUGGUCUUCAAAGGAGGCAGAAAGAGCCUCUACAUCAAGUGCCGCAGUGCAGAAGAAGCUCAGCACUGGGUGCGAGGGCUCCGAAAGCUAAAGGAGCAAGCGGCCAACAUGACUCAGAAGGAAAAACUGGACCAUUGGAUCCGAGGGUACCUAAAGCGAGCAGAUGAGAACCAGGACGGCAAUAUGAGUUACGAUGAGGUCAGACGGCUGCUGCAGAUGAUCAACAUCGACCUGAACGAGCAGCAUACCCGCUGCUUAUUCAAGCGGUGUGACCGAUCUGGUGAUGGCCGUCUGGAUCAUACAGGGAUUGAGGAGUUCUGCAGGGAGCUGAUGCGACGGCCUGAGCUAGAUGCCGUGUUUAGACACUAUUCAAGUAAUGGUAGUAAGCUCUCCACUGCUGAGCUGCGUGAUUUCCUGGGAGACCAAGGAGAGGACGCGUCGCUGAAUCAUGCUCAGAGUCUUAUACUCACCUAUGAGCUCAGUGACUGGGCUCAGAAGAACCUGUUCAUGACACAGAAUGGUUUCACCAUGUACAUGCUCUCUCUGGAGAAUGAUGUCUUCAACCCUAGCCAUGCCAGAGUCCACCAGGACAUGAGCCACCCCUUGGCCCACUACUUCAUCUCCUCGUCACACAACACUUACCUGACCAAGGACCAAGUCACCAGCGCGAGCAGCACUGAGCCAUACAUCAGGGCUCUGAUUCAGGGCUGCCGAUGUGUGGAGCUGGACUGCUGGGAUGGAGAUAAAGGUGAACCUGUCAUCUACCACGGCCACACACUCACCUCCAAAGUGCCCUUUAAGGAAGUCAUUGAAACCAUUUCCCAAUAUGCCUUCAGGACGUCCCCAUACCCUCUGAUCCUGUCCUUGGAGAACCACUGUUCUGUGGAGCAGCAGGCUGUCAUGGCCAAACACCUCAGGACUAUCCUGGGCAACAAACUGCUCACCAAGCCUCUCAGUGACCAGCCACUGAAAGAGCUGCCUUCUCCUGAAGAGCUUCAGGGGUGUAUUCUGGUAAAGGGAAAGAAGCACACUCCUCACCUGGGUGAACUGGGGAAGACCAGCAGCUAUGCCAGCUUCUCUUCAAGCUUUGAAGAUGAACUAUCAAGCAGCAUUAAGAGCAUACCCAAGAAGGAUCCUCUAAACACACCCAAGAAGGAUCCUGCAAAGAUCUGUUUGAAACUGAGCCCCGAGCUAUCAGAGCUGGUGGUUUACUGCAAGAGCGUCCCCUUCCGCGGGUUUGGAAAUGUGUCUGAAAAACCACCAAAUGAAAUGUCUUCUUUCUCUGAAAAUGAUGCCCUCAAGCUCAUCAAAGAUUCUGGGAAGCUUUUUGUAAGACACAACAGCAGGCAGCUGAGCCGGAUCUACCCUGGUGGCCAGCGCCUUCAAUCAUCCAACUAUGAUCCUCAGGAAAUGUGGAACGGUGGCUGCCAGAUGGUGGCUCUGAACUUCCAGACACCCGGAGAGCAGAUGGACCUGAACCAGGGCCGCUUCCUCUCAAAUGGUCGCUGUGGAUACAUCCUCAAACCAAGCUUUCUGUGCAGUCCCACAUCCACCUUUGACCCAGAGAACACGGGAGGAGGCCCCGGUCACACCCCCACUCAGCUGACUAUACGAAUCAUAUCUGCACAACAGCUGCCAAAAAUCAACACAGAGAAGGCAAGCUCCAUUGUGGAUCCGCAAGUGUGGGUGGAAAUUCAUGGGGUGUCUAUUGAUAAUGCAAAACAAAAAACCCACCGCAUUGACAACAAUGGUUUCAACCCACGGUGGGACUGCACUCUGAGCUUCCAGCUGCAGGUCCCUGAACUGGCCCUGGUGCGGUUUGUAGUGGAGGACCACGAUCAUGCUGCCAAAAAUGACUUUGUGGGGCAGUUCACGUUACCGUUUACAAGCCUUCGCAUAGGUUAUCGGCACAUUCACUUACUGAAGGCAGAUGGUUCCAGUCUGUCCCCUGCCACACUCUUUAUCCAUGUCAAAGUAACCCGCAAAGGUGUUCCUGUCAAGACUGUGUCCGAGCGUAUAGCCGCUGCCAAAGGCAAAGCAUGACACACACAUCUGAACCAGCUCAUUUUUCUGACAAUGAAGGGCUUUGGAUGGAGGAGCCGUGAGUGUGAAAACAGAGACAAAUUACUGCUGAUGCUGUUGUCUCACAGUUCAGACCUCAAGUGGUCCAAUUUACACUAAACCAUGCCCCAAUGCUUGAAGGAAGAUGUCUGCCAGAGAUGGAGACGUCUGCUCUGGUGUAAUUCUUAAAAAAAAAAAACACUUGACAGGGGAUGCUUUAAGAAGUGAUGAACUCCUCUCUACUUUCAUAUCUGUUGGACAGAGUAAAAAUCAGCUAUUUUAUGAUUUUAUUUCUUAAUAUUUUUAACUUAAGGAAUGUUGUUAGUUUAACUAAAAUAGCACUUCUUUAAUUGAUGCUGUAACAGAUGUACAGUGAGAUGGAAACCAAGUGUAACUAGCUGUGACUGAAAAAUAUAUUAAUGUCAGGAUUAACAUUUGCAGCACUAACUGUGAUGUAAUACAGAAUUUGUUGCCCAUGGAAAAAUACUUGAUACUCCAGAUGUGUGGGCACUUUCAAUUUUAAUUUCUCUGUGGGGGAUACAUGAUGGUAUAUUUCCACAACCGACAGUAUUAACUCUCCAAAAUGAGCUUGUUUCUUAAAUGUGUUGCAUUUUAUCUCAGUAUCAUUUCACGUAUGUUCAUAAGAUGUGCUUGUUUAAAUCAUAUUUGACUUGUGUUGAUACAGUAUUUGCAUAUAAGUGCCUGUCAUUUGACGGUUCUUGUCUUCACAUUCAAAUCUAGAAAACACGCUUUUAAACACUAAUUGCACAAAUCUAAUACAACCACUAAUUACUGCAGGCUAAAGUGAAUCAUUUAAUACUCUUAUAAGGAGGUUCACUGAUAAUAAAACGGUCCAAUGAUGGAAAGUGAUUGCUGUAAUUACAGUUUUAAUAGUCACGCUGGUUUUAAGGAGAGUCUAAUAUGUGAGUGAAGUAAAACUCUCUCUGUGUAAGAUAGAAGAUGUUGGAUAAUAUUAGUGGUUAUUUGUGCAAAAGAAAUUUUUUUUUUAUAAAGCACUUCUAACAAGUUUUUUUUUUUUUUGCACAUGCUGUCUAAAAAGACAGUGUUUUGUCAGUUUCAAAGGGUCACAGUGUUGUCUACAGAUACAUCACUUUAUGCAGCUGACAUUUACAAUAAAUGCAUA